AUGAUUUUAUCGACUAAAAUGGAUGCGAAUUCUGAAAGUCAUGGAGGCUCGAUGUCCUUGAAAAUGAAUGACAAGAAAUCAAGUAUUUUAAGGCAGCAAUCGCAGACAGAUGAUUUAAAAAAGUUAACUGCUUCUUUGCCGUCUGCAACUUUCGGCAUAGACUCCUCAAAUGAAAAUAAAAGUUUUGACCCACGUAUGGUCAGAAAAUUUCAGUCUGGAAGAAAAGGAUUUGGUAUGUCAAAAUCCUCACGUACCCUUUCAGAACCUACUUUACCGACGGCCAAGUCACUUAACUGUAUGACAACAUCCAGCAUAGUUUCUCCUACAUUCGCCAGAUACAUGCCUUACUUUUUAUCGUCUCUUGAGAGUUCAUCAGAUUCAUCAACAACAGUAUCUACUAUCUCAUUGUCGAAUUCCAGCGAUGCCUCCAGUAGUACGAGAUUACCCUUAUCUGCAAGUCAACUUUCGUUACCAGAACCACCUGAUGGAGGUUGGGGAUGGGUUGUAGUGGUGGCCGCCUUCUUCGUACACAUGAUUACCGAUGGAGUAAUAGUAUCAUUUGGCGUUUUGAUUGAAUCUCUUAUUGAGGAGUUUGGAGAGUCUCUAAGUGCAACCUCAUGGAUUGGAUCAUUUUCUUAUGGGUUCCAGCACUUGCUGCUCCCCUGUCCUCUUUGUCGAUUAACCGCUUUGGGUGUCGAAUAA